UCCUGUUGCACUGUUGCAUGCUCUCGCAACGUCGGAUGGCGGAUCUCGGGGGACGCCCUGGUGGGCUGGACACGGGCGAUGUCUCGAGCGGGGGCGCAGAGCAACGUCGAGGCGGUGGUGGUGGUGCCGAUUUCCCUUGCUCCCUCUCUCCCCUCCUGAUGAAUGACUGCGCCUCGUUCAUUCGGAGCUGCGGCCUCGAGAGGCCUCUCAGGUGGCGGCAGAUGACCGCGAUCGCGGUGGUGCUGGUCGACGGCGCGCUGUUUGCAGCGGUCAUCGCCCCGUUCUUCACGGACGCGGGGCACGUGCUGACGCCUCUGUUUUUUAUCACAUGGCUCGCCCUCUGCUUCUUCGGGCUGCUCACAAUGGCGAUGAACCCGUCCGAUCGGGGCGUGCUGGACAAGGCGGAGCAUGGCGCGACGGAUAUGUUGCAGGGCACCCCUGUCCAGAGAGUGGCCGAGUUUUUAUAUUUGGACGGCUACCGCGACCGUCAGGGUCAAGUCAUGGACGUUCCCAGGGAUUGCUAUUGUAGUCGUGGUUGCCAGGUCUACGUCCAGGCCAACAGCAAGCAUUGUUGGGAUUGUGGAAAGUGCGUGGGCAGAUUCGACCACCAUUGUCCUUGGCUUAACAACUGUGUUGGCGAGCGCAACUACCGACCCUUUUUCGUGACGAUCUGGUUAUGUUUCUUGAUGUUGUGCCUGAUCGUUGUCGCAGCCAUCGUGCUUAUAGCUGAGCAGCGUUGGAUUGUAUUUCCUGUCAUCGUCCUCGCUAUAAAUGUGCCGGCGAUGGUAUUGGAGUCAACCUUGUUGGGGUUUCAUUGUUAUCUCGUCUUCAAGGACAUGACGACGUACGAGUACCUGACUGGCACGCGCGACCCGCAGUUGAAGGCCCGCCUCGUCGCCGCGCCGGCGGCGGCCGCCGGCGCCGGCGAGGCGGCGGCCGCCCCCGGCGGCGACGGGCCGGUCACCGUGGGCAGGCCGCUGGAGGCGCCCCUCGACGCGCCGCCGGCCCCGCGGCCCGUGCCGGCCGGCGCCAGCGCCGGCGGCCCCGCGAGCCCGCGGACGGCCGCCGAGGAGCCCGGCGCCCUCCCCGCGCUCCGCCGGGUGCAGUCCAAGGACUCCUGGGCCCUCCAGGCGAUCCGCGCGGACGCCGGGGGCGGCAGCCCCCGCGACGGGCACGAACGCGUGCACCCGCUGGUGCGCGCGGCCUCCUCGGUGAGCGGCACCGUGGCCGACUUCGUGUUCGGGAGCGUGCGCCCGGAGGAGCCGCAGGAUGGUCGCGGCGACGACGCCGCCUCCCUCGGGGAUGUCGUCCUCAGCGUGCGAUCGGUGCCGAACGAGCCCGCCGUGGUGGACCCGUGGAAUGCGCGGCAGCGAGAAGGCACGGAGGACAUCCGGCCGUGGAGGGACGAGGGCGCCCCGGCGCCGCGGGAGGGCAGCCGGGGCUCCAGGGAGGCCGAUAUCUGCUUCGCGCUGGACAGCAGCGCCAGGGCCGAGAGGAGAACGCGCGGGGAGGGGUGCGAGGACUUCGUGUCGGCGCAGGGCUGCCUCGUCAGCUGA